CAUUCCUCGCGCGACCGUAGUCGAGCUGUUGGGUUGUGGGCUGAACGCGCUGUGGAGAAGCGGCCGGGUGGGGCCUGUGUGUGGCGGACCGCUGUCCAGGUGCGAGGAGCGGCUAAGCGAGCGCUCCCGGGAGAAGCCGGCGCGGACGCCUGAGAUAAAAGAAUGGCUAACUCCAUUGCAUCAAAGAACUUUACUGCACUUUCAGACCUGCAUCCAAAUAUGGCUAAUCUGAAAAUAAUCGGCAUAGUUAUUGGAAAAACAGAUGUCAAAGGCUUUCCAGACAGAAAAAAUAUUGGAUCAGAAAGGUACACUUUCAGUUUCACCAUUCGUGAUUCAACAACCCAUUUUGUAAAUGCAACAUCGUGGGGCAAGGAAGAUUACAUCAGAUCACUUUCUGACAGCUUUCGUGUUGGGGAGUGUGUGAUAAUUGAAAAUCCCCUGAUCCAAAGAAAGGAAUUAGAAAGAGAAGAAAAGUUCAGCCCUGCAACUCCUAGCGAUUAUAAACUAUUGCUCAGUGAGAAUCACUCAAUGGUAAAAGUUUGUUCCAGUUAUGAAGUGGAUGCCAAGCUACUUUCUUUGAUAUACUUACCUGUUAAAGAGUCUUGUGAUUAUUAUUCAUUGGGUGACAUUGUUGCAAACGGACACAGUCUUGAUGGAAGAAUUAUUAAUGUCCUUGCAGCUGUGAGGUCGGUUGGAGAGCCAAAAUACUUUACAACUUCAGACCAAAGAAAAGGCCAGAGGUGUGAAGUUAAACUCUAUGAUGAGACAGAGCCUUCUUUUGCAAUGAUAUGUUGGGAUAAUGAAUCUAUUCUACUUGCACAGAGCUGGGUGCCACGAGAAACAGUAAUAUUUGCCUCAGAUGUAAGAAUAAGUUUUGACAAAUUUCGGAACUGCAUGACAGCAACUGUAAUCUCAAAAACCAUUAUUACAACUAAUCCAGAUACACCAGAAGCUAACAUCCUAUUGAAUUUUAUAAGAGAAAAUAAAGAAGCGAAUCUUCUGGAUGAUGAAAUUGACAGUUAUUUGAAAGAAUCCACAAGUUUAAAUACAAUAGUUGAUGUCUAUACAGUUGAACAAUUAAAGGUAAAAGCUUUGAAGAAUGAAGGAAAAGCUGAUCCUAUCUAUGGAAUUCUUUAUGCUUACAUUUCUACACUGAACAUUGAUGAUGAAACUACAAAAGUAGUUCGAAAUAGAUGUGCAGGCUGUGGUUACAUUGUAAAUGAAGCAUCCAGCACUUGUACAACUUGCAACAAAGAUUCUUCAGAAUUUAAAUCAGUUUUUCGCAGCUUCCAUAUGCUAAUUGAUCUUACUGAUCACACAGGUACCCUCCACUCCUGUAGUCUCACAGGAAGUGUUGCUGAGGAGACUUUGGGCUUCACGGUAAAUGAGUUUCUUGCAAUGACGGAUGAACAGAAAACAGCAUUAAAGUGGCAGUUUCUUUUGGAAAGAAGCAAAAUUUAUGUAAAGUUUUUUUUAUCUCAUAGAGCAAGGAGUGGACUGAGAGUGAGUGUGCUCUCCUGUAAGCUCGCAGAUCCUAUCGAGGCAAGUAGGAACUUGUCUGGACAAGGAAAUAUUUAAAAACCAGACGUCAUUUUAAACUCUGGAAAAGAAUACAAGUUUUAACUGCCUUUAAAGUGGAAAAUGAGUUUGAAAAUUACAGAUAAAAUUGUAUUUUGUUCAAAUGUGGUGAGAAUGUUUCUGUAAAUUGUUAUUCUGUUUCCCUCUGGAGUUGGUUAAGAGUAAAUCCUAAAAUCCCCCUCUUAUUCAAGUUCAUUUCUUAGAAGGCUUUUUCUACUGGCUUUGCCCUCUCUCUCUUCCCAAGUUGGAAAAUGUUUGCAUGAAUUAAUAAACAAGUUUAAUCUUUCCCACAGAUAUGAAUGAUUUUUCUUAAGCCCCUUUCCUGUUUGUCUUGUUUGCCUGGAGAAAGAUAAGAACCUAUAAAAACAACGUGGCCAUGGCUCAGACUACUUUGCUGGAGCUGAUGGGCACAGACGACCGGUUCUCCCAGUGCCGGGUGGGGACGGCAGAAGUCCAUGGGUGAUGCUGUACAACUGUUUUGAUCACUGUAGAGCUUUUCUAGUCGGUUGCUUUCUCUGAUGACACAUCAGAGCUACCCAAUGCUUGUGAAGGCUUGCUGACUCAGGCUUGACAUUUGUGAGUCUGAAUCAACUCGGGGAAGACCAGCUUCAGAAGUUUCACAAGCGGUGACGAGUCUUAGGAACUUGGAAGGGUGGGUGACCUGCUCUGCUUUGACAGGGCGACGGCCCCUCCACUUCAGCUGCCUUUGCAGCAGCCCCAGAGUGCUCUGCUCAGCUCCACACCAUCUCAGGUCACUGGUCACUUGCUUCAGGGCAAAGACCCACCACUGCGGUCAGUGUUGAUCCACAGUGUGGGAGGUUUGUCCAGCGUAAUUUGGGUCUGGCACUUCAAAGGCUACACUUCACCCACCACAGGAGUGAAAAAAGAAAAAGUAAGUGAACGGAAUUCUUUUAUAAAGCUGGUGUUGGGAGAUAAACUUAUCUUGUCAGUAAUGUUUUCUCUGGCUUUAACCAUAUGCAGCCAUGGGGGAGGGAUAUGAGUUGACACUUAGUGUGUCUAAAUUGUGGUAAUAAAUGAAGUAAUGAAGAUCUUGAUCAUAGUUGUGCAAAUAUCAAGUGUACCUGAUGAAGGGCUUCCUUCCUUUCUCCCUCGGGGAGGGGAUAGGUGUGUUAAUCAGGGUGAAUUGUGAAGGUGGACAGGGAAGGAAGGAAGGAGAGUGGUGCAGGGACAAGGAUGCCUGGCCCAGAUAGUGUGUCCGGCGCUGCUGUGCCAGGCCUCCUGGGGCUCUGACCUCCAGCAGCAGGUCUCAAAGUGCCAACACCUGGCACUUUGGGUGCCAGAACCAGCUGUCUGGGCUCCUAUAGUCCAUGGCCCUCAGCUGCCCUGGAUGUUUCACCACUAGCCUCAACUGCAUAAUACAGGUACAAAAUACCAGCAUUCUCAAAGUAGGUGCAUAUGCAGUACUCAGUGUUGCCUAACCAAGGCCUAUGAAGGCCUAGUGGGCAGCAGAGGGCUCUGCAUGACUUCCUCACUGCUACCAUGGUGACCUCUCAGUCUGCUGGCAUUUAACUAAGGAGACCCCAUGCCUGUCACUAGAGGGACAUCACAGUUGCUUAUUUCAUCUGAUGAAAUUGGAAUCUACAGGGCUAGCUGUCAUGCCACACUGAAUCAGAGGUGCUUCACAGAGCUUACUUAACUUACACAUUCACAGAAUGAAGAUUACAAACGGGUCAGUAUCUAAAAUUUGGCUGUAGAUUAGCCAGAAUGCAGGUACUUGAAGUAUCAAUGAAAGAAAGAAGCAUUCUGCCCCAUCAACACAAAAUCUACAACUCCCUGUCCAGGAUCUCUAUUUCUCUGCUGCUCUCCAGAAGCUGCUUUUCCUGGUCCUAGUGACUUCUGAUCUACAUGUUUUAUAUUGCUUUAUAUAAAUAGUUUGGUGACUAUAUAAUUUUUCCUAAUCUUCUAUUAGUGGUUCAUUUAAAUACAGUUUUCCUUUCCUAAUUCUGCUUUGGUGAGGGUUUUUGUUGUUGUGGUUCAAUACUCUGUACGUGGCAGAAACACAAUAUAUAUUUAUCCACCUAUUACUCAUCUUGAGGAACCCUGGAGUUGUUUUUGCUUUU